AUGUCGAAUAUCAAUCUCGAAACCCCAACUGCUCCCGGUACGCUGAUGAGCGAUCUUAUCGACGAGAGUGCAUCUGAGCAAAUGGCUCCCGCCGCUUCCGACAAGGUCCCCGAGGCCACGACCGCUCAUGUCGCCGAGGCUACUGCCAAGGUGAAGGCCGAACGCAAAGGCUCAGCCGAUAAGUCCAAGGCGACCCCAGCUGAGAAGAAAAAGGCAGCCCCGGUCAAGAAGUCAAAGGCGGCCCCGGUCAAAAAGGAGAAUGCUAACGGCGGCCCGGCCAAGAAGACAAAGGCAACCCCGGCCAAGAAGACAAAGGCGGCCCCGGCCAAGACGGAAAAUGUACAGCAGACGGGUGAGGAGUCAACUGGCGAGGAGGCAACCUCCGCUGAGGAGCCAACCACCCCCAAGGCAACUGCCCCGAAGAAGAAAGCCCCUAAGAAGAAGCCAGUCACACCUGGUGCUGACAAGGAUGUUGAGAUGGCUGCCCCGGCUACCAACGGCAUCACCAAAUCCGCCGUCAAGAAGCGUGCCGCUGCCAAGGUCGCCGAUGGUGAGACUCCGACAAAGAAGGCAAAGGCGACCCCAAAGCUUAAGGCCGGUGGCGUCAAGUUCCCCGAGUCUUGGGCUGAGUUCUCAGAGGAGGACAAGCUCAUUGUGAACAUGCGCAAGUCUGGCAAGUCAUGGACCGAGAUUGAGGCUGCUUGGACCGUUCUCACAGGCAGAAAGCCAGGAACUGAUACGACUCGCAAGCGUUUUGCCAAGUUGGAGCCCGUUGCUCAAGACUUCAAGAACGAGGAUCUUCCACUGAUCUGCAAGGUCAAGAAGGUUAUUGACUUGGAAAUCGAAGCCUCUAUUAAGAAGAUCACGGUUGAGGGCUGGGUCAAGAUUGCUAGUCAAGUCAAGCAAGCUGGCGGAGGUGAUUACAAGGGAACUGCCGUCGAGAGAAAGUUUGCCCACAUGAAGAAGACUGGUGUGGUCGAUGAUGAUGGAAACUACAUCCGCCCUGAGGUUGAGCAGAUGGAGAACAUGAACGUCGAUGAUGAUGCGACCGAGUCCAACGAUAGCGAUCUCACUGAUCCUGAGGACUCCGCCGAUGCUAUGGAGAAUUAG